CUACUCAUUACUGUUCGAAGUAAAAGUAUCUGCAGCUGUAUUCCCGAAAAUAUGUCAAAACGAAAGUCUGGUAGAAUGUCCGCUGCCGCCGAGGCUAAGAAAAUAAAGGAACAAAGUCCUCUUUGGUUCGAUGCAAACUGGACGUGGUCAGAGCCUGGAUCGAAAAAGGUCGAAAGACUUGUGAAUUUUAAAGCAGACGCUGGUGCACUGUCGCCGGUGAUACAGCUCACCGGCUCCGGUAUUCCUGGAUCGAAGAAAAUUGCCGCUUUCGAUAUCGACAGCACUGUGAUCAAAACACAUAGUGGUCGCAGAUUUGCUAUAGGAUCAAACGAUUGGCAAUUUUGGGAAGAUGAAGUUCCAGAUAAACUCAAAGAAGCCCAUAAUGAUGGUUAUAAGAUUGUGUUUUUUACAAAUCAAGCUGGAAUUGAGAAGAACCAUGUGCGACCGAAAGAAAUAUGUACAAAAUGUGAAGAUAUAAUAGUGGCACUUGGAUUCCCUGUACAGGUGUUUAUGUGCACUGGACAGAACCAGUUCCGCAAACCAAGUGUGUUGGUUUUUGACCACAUGGAGAAAAAUUGCAAUGAUGGAAUUGCAGUAGAUCGAAAGAAAUCGUAUUAUGUUGGUGACGCUGCUGGUCGAGAUAAAGACUGGGCACCGGGUAAGACGAGAGAUUUCUCCUGCAGCGAUAGGAUGUUUGCAGCAAACUGUGGAUUGACGUUCUACACACCAGAGGAGUAUUUUCUGGGUGAAGCGGCAGUGCCGUUUCAGUGGAGGUCAACUGACCCUGUAGUGGAAUUGAAAAUGGCCGAAGGAAAAGCACCAGAAAAGUAUCAUUCCUUGGAGCAAGAGAUGAUAGUCAUGGUUGGUUUCCCAGCAUCUGGGAAGAGUACGUUUAGUAGAAACUACCUGGUGCCGCACGGAUAUCAAGUCGUCAAUAGAGAUACAUUGGGAACACAAAGUAAAUGUAAGAAAUCAUGCGACGAAUCUUUGAAAAAUGGUAAAAGUGUUAUUAUUGAUAAUACCAACCCUGCUAAACAUGUCAGACAAGAGUAUAUCAACAUAGCGAAAAAACAUGGAGUUCCGAUUCGUUGUUUCUGGUUCCAAACAUCACUGCCAUUGGCGCACCACAUGAAUCUCUACCGACAGACGCAGACAAACGGAGAUGUGCGGAGGGUACCGGAUGUAGGCUACAAUGUAUUCAAAAAACACUUUGAAGAACCAGACUUGGAAGAAGGAUUCUCUGAA